CCGUGCUGCUGGGUGCGCCAUAUUGGCUGGCUUUCAUGAAGAGUGGAGUUGGACGAGCCGCUUGUAAAAACCAAACCAGUUUCUGGACAUGAAGCAUUUCGAUGAUAACCAGUAAAUCAACGCGGUAGGAUUUAUCGGUUUCCAUAAGUGCAAAGUGUUUAAUUUGCCAAAUUGUUCGCUAUUUUCCCGUGACGAGGCUCUCGACUAACUCGAGUCCAAUGGAUCCUAGGACCGCUUGGAUCCAGCCGGAGAAGAAGGGACCUGACAAUUCCCCGAUGCACAUUUGGGAAACCUCUCAGGGAUUUGGAGCGAACUCCAGCAUCGACAACCACCUUCACCACCAACGCAACUUUGCAGCGCAAAAUGCAAACUCCACGCAGUCAAACGGCGAGUAUUGCAAAAAUGUAACGUUAGCACUGCCGCCGGGGUGUGUGUUUGGAAAAAUGCCGAAGCGAGACGGCGGCGGAGAGAGGGGAAAUGUCCGAAGGAAGGGCUCCUUGUCACCGUCCUCUUCCUCUCUGGACUCGGAGGCCGAGAGCUCCUCGCCCUCCGGCUCCUCUCUGCAAAUCGAUAAUUUGAACGUCGCAGAAGAUGCCAACCGGUUUUUACACUACGGCGAGCACGAGUUGAACGAGAACAAUCUCAAACGGCAACACCCCUCUCCGCCUUUUCACACUGUUCAGCAACACUGUCGCAGCAUGCAACAAUCGGGCGGCCACACCCCCACUGGCAUGAAAAAUCAGCAUGUGAACAAGCAGCACCACCACCACCACCAUCAUCAUCGGUCCCAUUCAUCCGGACGCAGGAGGCAUCUGAACAGAGCCAACACGUUCCACGGCAUCAACCCGCUCCUGUCCCACGGCAGCAAUGGACACCAUGUAGACUCUUCUUGUAGUCUGUGGAAAACCAGGCGGUACAGCCCGGGUUUUAACGGUCUUCAUGAAGAAAUCAUGGACUUUUUCAACUUCAUGUCACCACGACCAGAGGAGGAGGCCAUGAGAAGAGAUGUCGUGAACAGAAUAGAAAGCGUCAUCAAGGACUUGUGGCCCACAGCACGGGUGGAGAUAUUUGGCAGUUUCAGCACAGGACUUUAUCUUCCAACAAGUGACAUUGACCUGGUGGUGUUUGGAAAGUGGGACCAUCCCCCACUGCAAGAACUAGAACAAGCCCUGAAGAAACGCAAUGUGGCUGGCCCUUAUCCCAUCAAGGUCCUGGACAAAGCUACAGUGCCGAUCAUCAAGCUUACGGACCAUGAAACAGAGGUGAAAGUGGACAUCAGCUUCAAUGUAGAGACUGCUGUUAAAGCGGCACAGUUCAUCAAAAGCUAUCUUAAGAAGUAUACUGUUCUGCCGCCUCUGAUCUUCGUCCUGAAGCAGUUCCUACUGCAGAGAGACCUGAAUGAAGUCUUCACUGGAGGCAUCAGCUCUUACAGCCUUAUACUAAUGGCCAUCAGCUUCCUGCAGUUACACCCUCGAAUCGACACACGACGUGCCAACAUCAACCUGGGCAUCCUGCUGAUCGAGUUCUUUGGGCUGUAUGGCCGCAAUUUCAACUACAUGAAGUACGGCAUCAGGGUGAAGAACGGAGGGGCUUACCUGUCCAAGGAGGAAAUGUUGAAAGGCGUGGGGAGUGGAAACAGGCCAUCCAUGCUCUGCAUGGAAGACCCAAUACAGCCAGGAAACGACGUGGGCAGGAGUUCAUAUGGCAUCCUGCAAGUCAAGCAGGUGUUUGACUUUGCCUUCAUGGUGCUGAGUCAUGGAGUGUCUCACCAUGCACGUGCUUACCCCAACAAAGAGUAUGACAGUACUUUAGGACGCAUCCUCAAAGUCAGCCCAGAGGUGUUGGCCUACAGGGACUGGACAAUUAAGAAGUGGGGAGCCAAGCUGGAGAGCCAUGACGUAGAGACCUGUGAGCGGGACCUUGCCAGGCUGAUGCUGGUUUCUGUGGAGGAUCAGAGAGACACGUCCUCUCCCCUCAGUGCUGACUCUCCCUCACCUUCUCCAGUCUUCCUCCCCAGCCCUCAACACCACUCAUCAUCGUCCUCUGCGUGCUCGCUCUCCUCCUCCUCCGGAAGUGACAUAGAGUCUGAUUCUCCGCCGAGCAGUAAUGCUGCUAUCCAGCUCCACCCCCUCACCCUGACCUCGGUCCAUUCAGUAAUCCAGAUGGCUACUGACCUGAGGGCUACACACCCAGCGAGCUUUAUCCACACCACACCUCAGAUCCAGAUGUCUCUCCCUGAAAACCUAACCAUCCCCUCGUUCUCCGAUUGCCAGUUCUACCAUGAGAAUCCACCUUCAAUCAGCGUUGUGCACUGUCACAUGUCACAAGCUGCACACAUGUCCCAGCACGCUAACUCCACAAGCCCCCUCCACCAGCUUCACCACCCACAGAUGGGAGGGCAGCAUAGCCACACUUACACCAUGAUAUCCAAUUCCCAAGGCUCACUUGAGCCGCACAAAGUUGGCUUCAAGCACAACCACGGUGGCAGCCUCCAAGGUCAAAAUCACUCUCAAGGUACCUUCAGUCCCCAGCAGCGGUUUGUUCCCCAGAGUCCUAACACGGCACCGGGUUUCAGGAACCAGCAGCAGUACAACCGCAACACCUGGCGCCGCAGGAAGAGGGACAAUCUUCCUGCUCUUAACCAGAGCAGAUGAAAUGCAUGCAGGACUUGACUGGCAUUGGUUUUUUUAGGGCCUCACUUAGCCCAUCGCGGGUCUUGGUGUUGAGGAGCUGUGAAGAAUUCCUGGUACACCUGUGUUUUGUCGGAGGCUCUCAAAAACUCAACUACUUUUUGUCAAGGAAUUCACAAGUCAAUUGAAGUGGACUCCAAAGGUUUCGAAUGAUUGAUGUCUGCUAGCAUUGCAAGCACUUGGUAAGGCUACAAGGCUCUUGCAGAUGAGGGAAGACUAAAAGUCUUAACUGUGCUCAUUUUGUUUCAUCGGUCCGAUGAUAGUCAGAGGCCCUUCCUUGAAAUUUGAUGCACACCAGCACAGACUUUGAGUUGAUCCAGGAAUGAAUGAUUCCCUGACGGUCUGCUCACCAGUGUCACUUUCCAGCAGCUAAAGGCUCUGGCUGGUCGGCUGAAGAGUUCGGUCAAGUAUUGAGUUUUCAUGCAACUUCAUGUGCCAUAGUACUGAACUGGUUUGGUUCUCCUCAAGUUUUGACUCUUAUUGGGCCUUUUUGAUCAGGUUUGGAGCGCGUCUGGUCUUCUGAAUGCAACUCCCUCUCGACUAUGCUCUUGAUUCUGAGCUCUUACAGCUUGGACUAUCAUCUACGAAUUGUACUCUGGACUGAAGCAAAGCACUACCUUUCUACCUAUGCAGCGCAACGCUGACUUGAUGUUUUUGAUGUGACGGCACAAAACGGACCUUGUCCAAAAGUCUUAAACUGUGAUGACUUGUUUGAAUGUACCAAGUUUCUUUUUUGUGUGUUGGUCAUUUGUUUCCUUGUUUGUCACUGAGGGCUUUUGUUUUUCUUCACAUUGGCACUACAUGUUUUGUUUUUGUUUGGUAAACAUUGCCACCUUUUUGUUUGUUGCGUUCAUGUGCAAUAAUUGCUUUUAUUUAAUUUAUUUCACAUUUUAGUUAUAUUUUAGGGGUUCUCCCCACUAUAGGUUUGCUUUUUUUUAUUUAGACAUUGACCUGUGCAAUAGAUGGGGGGUGUGUGUGUGUGUGUGUCUCUGUGUGUGUGUGUGUGUGUCUCUGUGUGUGUGUGUGUGUCUCUGUGUGUGUGUGUGUGUGUCUGUGUGUGUGUGUGUGUGUGUGUCCUGAGAAAUGUGCCAAAUAUGACAUGAUUUACCAUUGUAUUAUGAUCACUUGAAAUUUUUCCAACUGCCUGUCCAAAUGAUUUCCACCACUACUCUUUAUCACUUUUAGCAGUAGGUUGACUUUUAUUUUGGUGCAUUUCCUAGGCUGUACUGGAGAAAUGAAUCGUUUUUAGCAGGGUUUACUCAUGUCAUUUCAAAAAUAGUUGGUGCUACUUAUUACCAGCAAAGUGCUUUUUCUGCCUUAUGUCUCCUUUUUGAUUCUGUUAAAGCAACAGGUUAACUGCCUUCUUAAAUGACCAAAUUUGCCCUUUUUUCUGUACGUAGUCCGCUUUCUGUAUUACCUAUUGUUUCUAUAAGCACUGCCAGGUUUUCUUGGCUUUUAUUUUUACACACCGCUUCUAGGUGUGUGCUCCAGGAGGAGACUCCUACUGCAGUCAAUGAUUGUUAACAUUAACAUCAUGUCACAACAUUUUUAUUUUUAUUUUUUUUUUACUUCAAAGUUCAUAAUUUUAAAGGCAAGAGGGCCUUAUAUUUCAAAGAUUUUCCUCUCCCAUAUAUUUAAAGUCAGCAUUUGUACAUCUUGUGAGACAAGGUUUCAAAGCUAAUAAUUUACACAGCAAUCUAUAAGUGGACUUGAGCUUGGGAUGUCACAGAUUUCCCAUUGCUGGAGUUUCAGUAGAGCCAUUCACGAAACCAAAAUUUGGCAAAGAUCAUAGGUUAUAAGAGUCAGUGAUUAUUUGAACACCCCGCACACCAAUCUGAUGGACUCAACGUGAUAUUAGCAUUAAACCCUCAUUUUCAAUGCCGCUUUUAAUAAGCACCCUGAGGAUGAUCGAUGGGUUGUUGCAUCAUAUUGACGGGAGCCAAAUCCCCAGCUUAAGUGUGUGUGUGUAAUUAGGAUGGGUUAUGUGCAAAUGACUGACGUAAUAGAUAUAUACCUUGUUUUUUUUUUUUUUUUUUUAUGUAAGUUUUUCUAUUUUUUUAAAUAAACAUUU